GAGAAAAUACAGCCCGCUGACUUUGAAGGAGCCGUGUUGGGAAGUUUGUGCAAAUGGUGUCACAGCACCUCCUCCCCUGGAAGCCUCACAAAAAGAUGGAGGUCACAGGAAUCCAGCUCACUGCAAGAAUUUGAGGAUUGACAACACACCUGGAAAAGUGAGACAGUGCUUAUGUUCACCAUAAUGGCACCUGUAGGUGUGGCUAAGCUUCGGGCUCGGCUCUUCCUGCUGUUUCUUUGCUUGACACUACGUGCUGGCAUGCUUCAGUUUGCCUCAGCCACGAUACAAGGGUACAUUGGAGACAGGGACAUGAUAUGCCCAUCCGUAUGCAGGUGCGAUGAGGACUUUAUCUACUGUAAUGACCGUGGUCUGAGCUCCAUCCCAUCACUUCCUCCUUCGGCGUCCGUCCUCUACCUUCAGAACAACCAGAUAAACAACCCGGGUUUGCCCACGUCCUUGGAGCGCCAGCUUGCCAUCCGUGUGGUCUACUUGUAUGAUAAUGAACUGGACGAAUUCCCUGUGCACCUGCCACCAUCCAUCCGUGAACUGCAUUUGCAGGACAACAACAUACGCACUAUUCCUCGUAGUGCACUGGCUAGGAUGCCCUUGCUAGAGAAGCUCCACCUGGAUGACAAUUCAAUUUCCACUGUUAGCAUCGAGGACCAGGCCUUCGCUGACAACCCACGGUUGCGCCUACUUUUCCUUUCACGCAACCACCUGUCCAGUAUCCCUUCAGGACUGCCUGCCUCCCUGGAAGAACUCCGUCUAGAUGACAACCGAAUCUCCACAAUCCCUACCCACGCCUUCAGAGGGCUUUCCUCACUUAGGUGUCUCGUCCUGGACGGAAACCUUUUGGCAAACCAGCGCAUUGCCGAUGACACGUUCUCCCGCCUUGCCAACUUGACCGAGUUGUCCCUAGUCCGUAACUCCCUCCAGACCCCACCGGUCAACCUGCCCAGCGCCCAUCUGCAGCGCCUGUCUCUACAGGAAAAUGCCCUGACUCAUAUGCCACGUGGUUCCUUGGAUGGUAUGCACAGGCUGCUUAGAUUGGACCUGUCAGGAAACAAUCUGACAACCCUACCGAGGGGACUGUUCAAAGACCUAGAUAGCCUGGGCCAGUUGCUGGUGCGAGGCAAUCCCUGGCACUGUGGCUGCAACCUGCGUUGGCUGUAUGACUGGCUGCAUGCCCGCGGUAACACCAUCACUGUCAGAGGCCUCAACUGCCAUGGACCUGACAGGGUGCGAGACAUGGCUUUGAAAGACCUGGCCAGCGAGAUGGAGGAGUGUGAGUUGGUGAGGACCAGAGACAGAGUGGGCGGAGGUGGAGUCGAUACCUCUACCACUCACACCCCUCCACAGGGCUCUCUCUUCACCCUUCGAUCAAAGCGACCUGGCCUGGGGCUUCCUGACUCUGGCUUAGACUACACUCUCAGCAGCAGCGGAGUGGGGAAGAGCCUGGCCCUCAAUGUGAAGCCUCUCUCGCACAACAGUGUCCGUGUUACCUGGAGCGUGGCCCAACCCAGCUCGUCCUUUAGGCUGAGCUGGCUCCGACUGGGAACUGGGAACGCAAUGGGAUCAAUUACAGAGACUCUGGUCCGGGGGGACCGUCGUGAGUACCUGCUUACCUCCCUCCAACCACGCUCCAGUUACAUUAUUUGCAUGGUGCCCCUGGCUGCAAGUUCUGAAAGCAAGGGAGCAAUUUCUGGAGAUGCUGACUCCGAUGAAGCUCUUGUGUGUGCAAAAGCUGAAACGUCUGACCCCACCCCUUUGGAGGAGGAUGAGAAUGAAGACUCAAAGAAGAUGACAGUUCUGCCCUUGGCAGGGAUUGUUGGUGGGGCUACCGCCAUUGUGUCCUUGGCUCUUAUUUUUGGCAUCUUCUGCUGGUAUGGACAUAGGACUGGGCAUUUGUGCACCCGUGACCACUACACUCGCAAAAACUCGCGAAAAAAGAAGAGCUGUGAUGACUACAUUGAGUCAGGCACCAAGAAGGACAAUACCAUUUUGGAGAUCCGCAGUCCAGGGUUCCAGAUGACGCCACUGGCAGCCGGCCAGCCAAUGCAGCCUAAACCCCUACGAGAGGAUUACAUCAUUCAUACCAUAUACCCCUCUAAUGGCACUGGCCUGUACAAAGGAGACAACCAUGUUUCUGAUGCAGGUCAUGGCACCAACCGCGGCUAUAGAGAAGGAGGAAUCCCAGAUAUAGACUACUGUUACACAUGAUGUACUAUAUAUCCAGUUCACAGUGUUAUUGGUAAACUGUAUGGAUGCACAAUUUCCGUUAGCAUGGACACUUAUGAAGCACCCCUCUGUGCCUUCUUCUACUGGUAUCCCAUUCCAAAAUACCUGCUGUUAAUGUGAUUAACUGGAACUGAAACCUUGUGGGAACAGAUCACUGCAGGAAGCAGCAGCCAGAGUCCCAGGUGUGAAUGCACAGCUGACUGUUUCCUUACCAUCUUAGUAAAGGCCUGUGUAUGCUUUCUUUUCUGCUCUUUCCAUGUGACAUGUAAGCAAAGAAUGUAUACACUGUGGAAAGGUCAAACUUAGCAUAUGUGCAGGUAGGGUUCCUCUCACACACAGGCGCCACAGCAGGCAAUUCAAAAUGGAUUAGGAAAUGAUGACCUAACAUCAUGGUAGUAUUUUCCUGCUCACUGGUCAUACACAGUAUGUAGUCGUAUAAAGUCAUUUUUCAAAAUGCCUCAACUAUAUUGAUGUGCCCUA